AUGCAAAAGGAGGCUGAAGAGAAAGGAGAACAGCUCGAUCCUAAAAUUUACCGGGGCGCCACAGGCUAUCACCAAUAUAUAAAGAAGACAGAAGCCCAGCUCUCGAACAACAAGUUCACCGGAACGCAAGGCCCUAUCCGGGCUACGAGCCAUAUUGCAAUCAGCAAUCGAUUCGACUACCAGCCUGAUGUCUGUAAGGAUUACAAAGAGACUGGAUAUUGUGCGUUUGGAGAUUCCUGCAUUUUCCUACAUGAUCGAGGCGACUAUAAAAGUGGCUGGGAGAUUGAACGCGACUGGAAUAAAGAGCAGGAAGAAAAACGCAAACGACGAGAACGAGGGGAAGCUUCCGAAGAUGAAGACAACAAGUACGUAAUUGAGAGUAGCGACGAGGAGGAACUGCCAUUUGCUUGCUUUAUCUGCAGAGAACCGUUUACGAAUCCGGUGGUUACGAACUGUGGACACUAUUUCUGUGAGAAGUGCGCGUUGGAGCAGUAUCGGAAAACGUCAAAGUGCUUCGUUUGCGGAAAGGAUACCAAUGGCUGUUUUAAUCGAGCUACCGAAAUCAUCAAUCGCAUUGAGAAGAUGAGAAACGACGAAUCGCCCAAGUCAGAAGAGUCGGAUUCGAAUUCGGAAGGGGGAAAUGGCACGGAUUAA